CAUAAACAACGAAUAUUCGUGGCAAAGUUUCGUCCGUUUCUCAAAUGUCGUGUUUACUUCAGCUGCUCUUCCCUUGAUCACACACACCAACACACACUCAUUACGUUCACGUUUCAGCUCUUCACUUCUCCUUCAAUCCAUGCCCAGAUUCUCCAGAUCCUCAUCUUCCCUUUAGUCGCCCCCGAAUCAAGAAAUGGCUGCUCGAAUUAUCUCCAACGUGGAUAGCAAUUUCUUCAGCUUUUCAUAUGGAACAAGCAUUAAAACUCCAAUCCCAAGAACUCAGCCGUUGAUCGGUUUUCCCUUCAAGAAAAGAUUGAAUUUUGAGGCUCUUUGCAGCAUUAAAGAGAGAGAGAGGGAGCGCGAAAUUGCCGCAGAGAAGCAAGGCUUAGCAAGUGGGGUCGUAGUGGAUGACGAGCUCAAGCGGAAGGAAGGUGUUGGGGGAGAGGGGUUUGAUUUGAACUGGCCGCCUUGGAAGAAUCUGCCUCAGAGAUACAAGCUCAUUGGGACUACAUCCCUAGCCUUCGUUAUUUGCAACAUGGAUAAGGUAAAUUUGAGUAUUGCUAUAAUUCCAAUGUCACAUCAAUUCGGUUGGAAUGCUUCUGUGGCUGGAUUGGUGCAGUCGUCUUUCUUCUGGGGCUAUGCUCUUAGUCAGUUGCCUGGUGGUUGGCUUUCAAAAAUAUUUGGUGGGAGAAGAGUUCUCGAAGUGGGCGUCCUGGUGUGGUCAUUGGCCACAGCAAUGGUUCCUCUACUUGCUGGCUUUAUGCCAGGACUUGUUUUGUCCAGGGUUUUGGUUGGGAUAGGAGAAGGUGUUUCACCAUCUGCUGCAACUGAUAUGAUUGCUAGGACUGUACCAAUAGAAGAACGGUCACGUGCAGUUUCAUUUGUUUUUGGUGGUUUAAGCUUUGGAAGUGUCUUGGGGCUUGUUUUGGCUCCUCCACUAAUCGAGGAUUAUGGCUGGGGAUCUGUAUUUUACAUUUUUGGCUCUCUGGGUAUAGCAUGGUAUUUGAUAUUUCAGGUUAUUAAAGAAGAUAAUCUCCCUUUUGCAGCUUCUCACCAAUCAUGGCCUCAGACUGGCACUAUGACCAAGUCAUGGACUUCCACUUUGCAAGAUUUGGGCGGCUCACUGACGGAUAUGCCUUGGAAGGAAUUUUUCAAAUCUAAAGCUGUAUGGGCGAUGAUAUAUACUCAUUUUUGUGGAAGUUGGGGGCACUAUUGCUGCUUAUCCUGGCUUCCAACUUACUUCAGUGAGGAGCUGGACCUUGACCUGACAGAAGCUGCAUGGGUCUCAGUUCUUCCUCCACUAGCAUCAAUCUUUGUGACCAGCAUUGCAUCCCAAUUGGCUGAUUACUGGAUAUCGAACGGGGUUGAAACGACAGUGGUUCGAAAGGUUUGCCAAACGAUUGCUUUCAUGUCUCCUGCAACUUGCAUGAUUCUUUCUUCUUUGGACUUAGGGCUGAGUCCAUGGCAAGUUGUAGCUAUUCUUACGAGUGGUUUAGCACUGUCAAGCUUUGCUUUAUCAGGACUAUACUGUACCCACCAAGACAUUUCGCCAGAAUAUGCAAGUGUCCUUUUGGUGCGUACACGAACACCUCUAGGGAAUUACCAACACCGUUGGAGCUGUACCUGGAAUUGUUGGUGUUGCUCUUACUGGCUAUCUUCUCGACACAACUCACUCAUGGGGAGUAAGUUUGUUUUUUUCUUGAAACUUUUGACCUCUUCAACACAAUUUUUUUCUUUAGUGCACGCAUUUCAUGCCGUUUCUCCAUGUAGAUAUCGCUGUUUGCUCCAUCAAUUUUCUUUUACCUUACCGGCACAGUUGUAUGGUUGGCAUUAGCUAGCAGUAAUCCACAGAGCUUCUCGAAGAGUGAUUAACUUCAUCGUUGCGAAGUCUCCCAUCAUCUUGUUCAGAAGUAUUUUUUAUCUGAACAGCAAUUUUGUGCUGUAGGUUUGAUUACCUAGGUUACUUAUUUCCACAUUUUUCACUCUACACCAAGAUCAUCCAUAUUAGGCUUUUCCACAUUUCAUUAGCCAUUAUUGGUUGCAGAAUUAAUGUCAAUGUAUAAUUUGUAUAGCUCUUUAUGAUCAUUGCUUGUAAGACUACAUUUCUAUAUGGUAGGAUAAUAUCAAAUCCAGAUUAAUGCUGCAUUAUCAA